UAUUAAAUUAAAUAUCAUUAAACAUUUGAGUUCAGAAUUGGUUUCAUUGUUAUCAUCAUCAUUACUAACAUUGGUACUUACAAGCAACACAACUGGAACACUAACAUUGAUCAUUCAUUAAAUGAGAUGAAACCACAACUAACCUCUCAAAUCAAACCUCGUCGUUUUCCUUCUCAUGCUAUGCUCUUUAUUUUCACUCUCUUCCAUUUUUUUUUAUCAUAGUACUUAUCAUGUAAAACAAAAACCAUUUUUUUUUUCUUUUUCUCUGCUUUCAUGUUUCCCGCUUCCUGAAUUGUAUGAAAUGUUUCUCAGUUUCUCUUUUUUCUCUGUCUUCAAAGUUGUUUCCUUCUAUGCUUUUUGUGUGUGUGUGUGAAUUAUUGGUUACUGUUUUUGCAGACUCACUUUAUUAGAGUUAGCAUCACUUGUGCAUGUUUUUUACCUUUUCUGAUUGCAUUGUUUUCUUUCUCGUUUUCUGUGAAAGUGAUAACAUAGAAGAUGAGUAGCAGAACGCACACCACUCUUCAGCAGGACAAGAUGGAAACAGGAGGGAGAAGGAAAAUGGCUGCACAGAAUACUGUGAAAAAUGGGCGUCGAGAAAGGAAAAUGGCUUUGAUACAAGAUGUUGAUAAGUUAAAGAGGAAGCUGAGACAUGAAGAAAAUGUUCAUAGAGUGUUGGAAAGAGCACUCACUAGACCUUUGGGAGCACUUCCUCGUCUUCCUCCUUAUCUCCCUCCCCAUACAUUAGAGCUUGUAGCUGAAGUUGCGGUAUUGGAGGAAGAGGUGGUUCGAUUAGAACAGAAGGUUGUGAAUUUCAGACAAGGUCUAUAUCAGGAAGCUGUCAACAUUUCCUUCAAGAGGAAUGCAGAAAAUUUGAAUGAUCCAAUGGAGCAGAGUUCCAUCAGAGGAUCCAAACAUCAAAGGUCAAAAUCUUUGACUCAUAGUGAGCUUAAUUCUACUGCCAUUAGGCCUCAGCUUUCUCUUGCCAGAAGUGCUUCUAGUAGCAAGCCUUUUUCUUCUUCCUCGUCAGACAUUGUACACGAUCGCACUAGAAAGCUAGUCAAUAAGAAACAAUUGCAUUCAAAACAAGAUUCAUUAUCAUCAAUUUCGGAAGAGAAAUCUUUUGAAAAGAAAACGGCUAAAGUCAUCCCUCCAGUGAAGAAAUCACCAACCAAACAAGAAUCAGCUGACAAGUGUGUAGAUCACUUGAAGUUGCAGUUGCAGAAGAGAUUAGUAGAUCAGGAAAGAGCCCAAAAUUCCUCAAGUGCUUGUGUAGAAGUUGAUAGCACACCAAAUAGAGUUUCAGAGGAUAUUGUCAAGUGCUUGAGUAGCGUAUUUAUGAAAAUUGGCACAUUCAAGGACAACUUAGGAGAGUCAAAAACACCUCCACGCGAUCCGUAUGGUAUCUGUUCAGUAUCGAAAACUCGAGAUAUCGGUGCGUACAAUAGUUUUUGUGAGAUUGAAGCCUCCACUGUCGAUCUCAACCGAAUGACAAAUGCAGUGUUUCUGAUCCAUAGAUUAAAGUUCCUAUUUGGGAAGCUUGCCUCUGUGAACUUGAAGGGUCUUACUCAUCAGGAGAAACUUGCAUUUUGGAUAAACAUCUAUAAUUCUUGUAUGCUGAAUGCAUAUUUAGAGCAUGGCAUACCUGAAAGUCCUGAAAUGGUUGUUGCACUGAUGCAGAAGGCAACAAUAGUAGUGGGGGGCCACCUGCUCAAGGCAAUUACCAUAGAGCACUUCAUCUUGAGACUUCCUUAUCACCUGAACUUUACCUGUCUAAAAGCUGCAAAAAAUGAUGAGAUGAAAGCAAGAAGCAUAUUUGGUUUGGAAUGGUCUGAGCCUUUGGUUACAUUUGCACUAUCCUGUGGAAGCUGGUCUUCACCUGUGGUAAGGGUGUACACAGCAGCAGAAGUUGAUAAUGAGUUAGAAGCAGCAAAGAGAGAUUAUUUACAGGCAGCAGUUGGCAUUACAAAAACAAACAAGUUAAUAAUUCCAAAGUUACUGGAUUGGUUUUUACUUGACUUUGCAAAGGACAUGGAAUCUUUGUUGGAUUGGGUUUGCCUUCAGCUACCUGUUGAACUGAGAAAGGAAGCAGUUGAAUGCCUUGAAAGAAGGGGAAGACAGCCUCUUUCACAGCUGGUUCAAAUGAUGCCCUAUGACUUCAGCUUCAGGUUGCUUGUACACCAAUAACCCAGUUUUUUAUUUUUUAUUUAUUUAAAAAUAUUUGGACAACCACAAGUAACCCAGUGAGAGGUGCUGUUUGUGAAUCAAUUCUUCAAUCGGCUUUGGUGUAGUGGAUUUUGUAAAUUAGAUAGUGCACAUAGAAAGUAGAUAGCAAGCAGUGUUUCCUUUGAAGGGUUCACCUUUGUAAACUGUAAUAAGGUUCUUACAAGUAUAGAUUCUAUAGGAAAAUUUUCUCA